GGAAACCCGAGUACCCAGAAAAAACCCCACAAUUUCACAAGGACAACAUGCACACUCCACAUAAACAACACCAUGGCAGAAACUCAAAACCUGGUGUCAGAGGUGGCAGGUAACACUGCAAACCUCUGCACCACAAACAGGGAGUCAACAUGCUUAAAUGCUGCCGCUGAAAGGCUGGUGGGAGCCAGGGGAACCACAUGGUCUGUGUGAAUGUGGAGCGUAGCAGGAUCGGUACAGUUUAAUGCUAAUCAUCAUCUCGUUGCCUUUUCUUCUCUCACAGUCCUGCAAGCACCACCACCCGGUCUCCAGAAAGUUGUAUGUUGAUCCCUCCAACAAAGCUUAAGAGUUUACGGCAAAAUGGACGAUACGUACAAGGACAGGACUUCAUUGGUUAAAGGCGCCAAGGACAUUGCGAAGGAGGCCAAGCGGCACACGACGAAGAAGGUGAACAAGAUGAUUGACCGGGCCUCGGACGAGUACUCCCAGCGCUCCUACAACCGCUUCCAGGAUGAGGAAGACGACGACUACUACGGGCAGGACGGCAACUACACGGAGGCCACCGGCGAGGAGGAGGCCCUGAGCGAUGCCACCGAGGGCCACGACGACGAAGACGAGAUUUACGAGGGGGAGUACCAGGGCAUUCCUGACGGGGGGCAGCCCAAGGACAGCCAGGUCAUUGCUGGGAAGCCGGUGUCGGACGCGUUGAAGGAUCGCAGCGAGCUGGAGACGGAACGGCAGGCCGACGAGGAGGAGCUGGCGCAGCAGUACGAGCUCAUCAUCCAGGAGUGCGGCCACGGGCGCUUCCAGUGGCAGCUCUUCUUCGUGCUGGGCUUGGCACUCAUGUCGGACGGCGUGGAGGUGUUUGUGGUGGGAUUCGUGCUGCCCAGCGCCGAGACAGACAUGUGCAUCCCCAACUCAGGGGCAGGCUGGCUGGGCAGCGUCGUGUACCUGGGAAUGAUGAUGGGGGCCUUCUUCUGGGGGGGUCUAUCGGACAAGGUGGGCCGUCGACAGACGCUCCUCGUCUGCAUGUCUGUCAACGGCUUCUUCGCCUUCCUGUCGUCCUUCGUGCAGGGCUAUGGCGUCUUUCUGCUGUGCCGCAUGGUGUCCGGGUUCGGGAUUGGCGGUGCUGUGCCCAUCGUCUUCUCGUUCUUCGCAGAGGUGCUGGCGCGGGAGAAGCGCGGCGAGCAUCUGAGCUGGCUCUGCAUGUUCUGGAUGAUCGGGGGCAUCUACGCGUCCGCCAUGGCCUGGGCCAUCAUCCCGCACUAUGGUUGGAGCUUCAGCAUGGGCUCGGCCUACCAGUUCCACAGCUGGAGGGUCUUCGUGGUGGUCUGCGCUCUGCCCUGCGUCUGUUCCGUCGUGUCCCUCACCUUCGUGCCUGAGAGUCCCAGGUUCUUCCUCGAGGUGGGGAAGCAUGAUGAAGCUUGGAUGGUCCUCAAGCACAUCCACGACACCAACAUGCGGGCACGCGGCCAGCCGGAGAAAGUCUUUACCGUGAACAGAAUUAAGAUCCCAAAGCAAAUUGAUGAGCUGGUGGAGAUGGAGUCUCAGAGUGCAAACCCAGUGUCCAAAGUCCUCUUCAGGAUGAAGACUGAGCUUAAUGGGAUCUGGUUGACGUUCAUGAAAUGCUUGAGCUACCCAGUGAAGGAUAACACAAUCAAACUAGCCAUUGUAUGGUUCACACUGUCCUUUGGGUUCUACGGCCUGUCUGUGUGGUUCCCAGACGUCAUCAAGCACCUGCAAGCGGAUGAGUACGCCUCCCGGGUCAAGACCCACAACAAUGAGCGCAUUGAGGACUUCACUUUUAACUUCACACUGGAGAACCAGAUCCACACGAAUGGGGUGUUCAUCAAUGACAGGUUUGUCAGCAUGAAGUUCAAGUCGGUCACAUUCAUCAGUUCCACCUUCCAGAAUUGCUACUUCGAUGAUGUGACGACUAUGGGCUCCUAUUUUAGAAACUGCACUUUCAUUGAGGCCUUUUUCUAUAACACCGAUAUUGACAACACAAAGCUUAUCAACACAAGGCUGAUAAACAGCACGUUCCAUCACAACAAGACAGGCUGUCAGAUGACGUUUGAUGAUGACUACAGCGCCUACUGGGUCUACUUUGUGAACUUCCUGGGAACUUUGGCAGUGCUGCCGGGAAAUAUAGUGUCUGCUCUCCUCAUGGAUAAAAUAGGACGUUUGACAAUGCUGGGGGGCUCCAUGGUCCUGUCAGGAAUCAGCUGCUUCUUCCUCUGGUUCGGGACCAGCGAGUCCAUGAUGAUCGGCAUGUUGUGCCUCUAUAACGGCCUGAGCAUCUCUGCUUGGAACUCCCUGGACGUGGUCACUGUGGAGCUGUACCCCACGGAUAGGAGGGGCACCGGGUUUGGGUUCUGCAAUGCCAUGUGUAAACUGGCGGCAGUGCUGGGCAACAUGAUCUUUGGGUCGUUGGUGGGUAUCACAAAAGCCAUCCCCAUCCUGCUGGCCUCCACUGUGCUGGUGUGCGGGGGCUUGGUCGGACUGAGACUGCCAGACACAAGAGCCAACGUUCUAAUGUAACCCCUGCCCCCUCCCCCGGUGAAAAAGGCUUAGAUGCAGUGUUACAUCUCACUUUUUUUUUUUAUUUCUGCCCAUAAAAUCCAGCCUCCUGUUAGGUGAUGAACAGGACUGGGUGAAGAAUGAGGUCACAGUGCGAUGUCACCAGAGACUCGCCAAAGGUGCUCUGGGUAACUGUCCUCAUGGGUCGUGAUGCUGCCACUUGAUGCUGUACGGGUUGUCAUGGCAGCCACACAUGGUGAAAUAAAACCAUUUCGUGCUUGGAGUUUCACUGAAAGUGACGGAUUAUAACGGAAGUAUGGAACUAGGAGGACCUAGGCUAGUUUUUAAACUGUACUAAUGUCACAUUAAAGCCGUCCAUGCUUCAGGUUAAGAAAAUGUAGAGUAACAGUUUUUAUAAUGAAUAUUGCUGCUGAUUUGCUGAUAGGAAAUCAGUAAUAAAGGUCCUUACAUGAUCAUGUGUUUCUAGUGAAAAAGAUUUAGUAAUAUUAUAAAGUGAGCCUUUAAGCCUUUUACACCCAUUUCAGCUCUACUAAUAACAAGGCCAUAGACAAUUAUAGAGAGUAAUAAUUAUCAGUUUAGUCAAAAAGAGUUUACAUUUUCUGCUUUUUAACAAUCGGAAACGUGAAAACAUUGAAACAUGGAAUAUUUAUGAAACCAUGAGAUCCAAUGUGGAUUAAGUUGUGAUUAUGUUCAUUUUUCCUCUGUGCCGUCUCUCAAGAUAUUUGAGCUCAGAAGAGAUUUGCUUUAAGUCAAAUGCUAUUGAUAGUCAUGUUUUUUCACGACAUUCUAGAACCGCAGUGUACAGCUGUGAAGGGGGCUUCUCACUGAGCCUGUACUUUAUGGAUGCUGAAUUGCCUUUCCACUUGUCUGUUUGUCUGUCUGUUGAUUCAUUUGUUUAUUUCAAAACGCCGUGACUCUCCCCGACAGUUCACCCACUAGGCUAUCUUCAUAAGCAUCACCUGACAUGCUACGUCCCUCGCUGUUUGCUGUUUGUCCCAGGGCGUCGUACAGAAAACAGAAGCAGCAAUGCCUGGAAAUACCUGCGUAAAAAAACUGAAAUCAGUCUGAACAUAUUUAUAUGAAGCAAGGUUUAUAAUAAAUAAAGUUGUACUUUUAAAUAGUAAGUUCAAAUUGUUCUUCCAUCUUCCGGAGCAGUGAGUUAUUUUGUAUGUUGUAUAAGUAGCUAAUUGAAGUCAAUUAAAUUGGAUAAUUUAGGCUAAAUAAAUGUUUUAAUUGAAAUAAAAUAAAAUUAAAAUAAAUACUGUAUGUUCUGUUUGGAAAGAAAAGGCCCUAAUGCAGGAUUCUAUUUUUAAUUAUCCCUUCAUUACUUACUGUUGAAUGUGCCAUCCAGAGAGUAUCAUUAAUUAGCCAAUUUACAGUCAUUAAAAACUCCGGAACAUGUAACUCUUGGUUCUGUUUGCUGUGUGCAUUUGUUUAUAUGGAGAGCGUCAAUGACUUCCUCCCACACAAGUUCGUCUUUCUCUGUCGUGUUUGUCCUCGCAGCGCUGCAUUGUGCGCUUGCGCUGUGUGCUGUCUAUGCAACACGCCCGUAGUGUCGUCCGCUUUGGUGUCUGUGGGGUUUUAUGCGAUGUGUCCAUCUUAACUGCAAUGUCCCUCCACUGUGCAUAUAGCUGACGUUCUUCCAUUUGCGCAGAAGCUCGUCUCUGAAGACCCUAACUUUGAGUCAUGUACAGUAUACAAACUUCUGAGUUUUUCAGAUAUAUAGGUUGUCAGUGUCAAUAUGUUUAAUAAAAAGAGAAGACAUUUAUUAUAAUUUAAAAGUGAGGAGAAGCCAUUUAAAUUAGACAAUUCAAUUAGACUUAACAUGCCAACUGCUGCUAUCUCCUCAGUGCUGUGAGGGGUUGCAUAUUUUUUAUAUAAUGUUUGCAAUGGGUUGUAUAAACAUCUUUUGCUCAUAUCAAAAUGUGUCAUUUUGAGGAAACGUGUCCAUUCCCAUUAAAAUGCGCGUUUGUGUGUGUGGGUGUGUGCUUUGUAAAUACUGUAUAUAUAGAUAGUUGUUGGUGUCUGGAAGCUGAGUCAUCUGUUUGCGAGUUUGAUUUCCUGAAGUGUGUUUGCAUUUUGUUAUGUUGAGUAUGUGAUGGCUUGUGGGAAUUCACUGGCAGCAGCUCUGCGUCUGUCUUCUGAGAGCUCUGUGUCGCAGAGAAACGCUAGAUGUUUUAUUAUUAUGUUAAAUCAAACAAACAAAAAAAAUGCAUGCAUGUGCUGAAGUUGUUCAUUUGUGUCCAGCUCUUCUGUUGUUCUUCCCAGAGAGGAACAAAAUGGUUGCUUCGGAAUGGCCGUACCCAUUUUGUCAGGUCUCGUCGUCCAGUUUGUGGGUGAAAUUCAUCGGACUCGGUCUUCAGUAGUUGUGCAAGGGUGUGUCAGCUGUGAGAGGACUGCACUCACCGGGCAGUUCAGAACAUUAUGUGAAAGUAUGUAAAAAAAAAAAAUGGUUAAAAAUCUAUCCUUAAUAAUAUUUUAACAACGAAAAAGUAAUAGGUGCAAUGUAAAUCUCAU